UCUCUGGCUCUCUGCGCGUGUUGGCCAAAUGUUUAUUUGUGUCACACUAAGAAGAGGGGGGCGCGCGGUAGUCAUUAUAGCCAACUUCCCGAGUCGGCGUCACUACAAACCGUCCAUUUGCCAGCGGACCCGCACAGAGUAAGCAACCAGUCGCGCGCACUCGCCUCGCCUAAAAAUAUAACGAAAUUUUAAGAAAACAAGCUGUGCCUUGGCCACCUCCUCCUCCUCCUCCGCAACUGGCUAAAAAUAUUAAAUAAUAAAUGUCGCAUCUAACGGAAAACUUUGCCCGUCCGGAGAAACCGGAAGAGGUGGUCACCUACGGCAGUCUGGAUCCUUCUGUUCAGGAGCUACUAAGGGCCGCCUUUGACGUGCGUCAGCGUGCCUAUGUCCCGUAUAGUGGGUUCAAAGUGGGCGCUGCCUUCCGGGCCAAGGCCACCGGACAGAUCUUUACUGGCUGCAAUGUGGAGAACGCCGCCUUCACGCCCUGCUCCUGUGCCGAGCGAACGGCUCUGACGAAAGCCGUGAGCGAGGGAGCCACCGAGUUCUCCGUUGGCGCUGUCCUAGCCUAUGAACCUGAUGCCUUUACCACGCCCUGCGGCGUGUGCCGCCAGUUUAUCCGGGAAUUUGCCACCGACGAUAUACCCAUCUACAUUGCUCAGGCCAUUGAUGCCAGGAUUGGCAGCGAGGAGCCGCUGCGGAGCGAGGAUCCCGUGCUGUGCACCUCCAUCUUCAAUCUGUUGCCAAGCAGUUUUCGCACGUACCGGAAGUAAAUGCAGUCUAAUUUCGUUCGAGGCGGAGGAGAGAGCCAAGGGAGCUAGGUUCAAGGUUGCCUCAACUCAGCCCCCCUAGCCGAUAGUAAUCUAUAUAAUGUUAAUCUAAUCUCUGGAAAUAAAGAAAAUUACACUACACUACAAAA